UAGCAGAAACGGGGUUUCACCACGUUAGCCAGGAUGGUCUCGAUCUCCUGACCUCGUGAUGUGCCCGCCUCAGCCUCCCAAAGUGCUGGGAUUACAGGCGUGAGGCACAGCGCCCGGUCCCUAUUUACUUCUGUGUUCUACCUCCAGGAGAUCAAAAACGCUGGCCUUCAGACCUGAUCGGACUCCCGGGGGGCCACCACAUUCAUACCUCCUAGGGCGAGGACAGAGGAUGCCUCUUUUUGCCCCAAAGCUGGAAAUUCAUCACAACCUGAGGCCCAGGAUCCGCUCUGUGCGGGUCCUCUGGGCAGUGUGGGGUGCAGAGUGGGGUGCCUAGACCUGAGCGCUGCCUGGAGCCUAGGCCGGGGGCCGCCCUCGGGCAGGUGUGGGUGGGAGCCAAGCCCGCGUGGGCCGCGGGGUGCUGGUAGGAGUGGUUGGAGAGACUUGCGGAGGCGGCUGGGGUGUUCGGAUUUCCAAUAAAGAGACAGUGUGAUGCUCCUGUGUCUGACCGGGUUUGUGAGACAUUAAGGCUGUCUUGAGCUUCACUGGCAGUGUGGGCCUUCGUACCCGGGCUACAGGGGCGCCUCCUCCGCCCGCCGCCCGGGAGCCGCAGCCGCCGCCGCCGCCGCUGCCACUCCCGCUCUCUCCGCGCCGCCGUCGCCACCGCCACCGCCACUACCACUGGCUGAGUCUGCAGUCCAGAGAUCCCAGCCAUCAUGUCCAUAGAGAAGAUCUGGGCCCGGGAGAUCCUGGACUCCCGCGGGAACCCCACAGUGGAGGUGGAUCUCUAUACUGCCAAAGGUCUUUUCAGGGCUGCAGUGCCCAGUGGAGCCUCUACCGGCAUCUAUGAGGCCCUGGAGCUGAGAGAUGGAGACAAACAGCGUUACUUAGGCAAAGGUGUCCUGAAGGCAGUGGACCACAUCAACUCCACCAUCGCGCCAGCCCUCAUCAGCUCAGGUCUCUCUGUGGUGGAGCAAGAGAAACUGGACAACCUGAUGCUGGAGUUGGAUGGGACUGAGAACAAAUCCAAGUUUGGGGCCAAUGCCAUCCUGGGUGUGUCUCUGGCCGUGUGUAAGGCAGGGGCAGCUGAGCGGGAACUGCCCCUGUAUCGCCACAUUGCUCAGCUGGCCGGGAACUCAGACCUCAUCCUGCCUGUGCCGGCCUUCAACGUGAUCAAUGGUGGCUCUCAUGCUGGAAACAAGCUGGCCAUGCAGGAGUUCAUGAUCCUCCCAGUGGGAGCUGAGAGCUUUCGGGAUGCCAUGCGACUGGGUGCAGAGGUCUACCAUACACUCAAGGGAGUCAUCAAGGACAAAUAUGGCAAGGAUGCCACUAAUGUGGGGGAUGAAGGUGGCUUUGCCCCCAAUAUCCUCGAGAACAGUGAAGCCUUGGAGCUGGUGAAGGAAGCCAUCGACAAGGCUGGCUAUACGGAAAAGAUCGUCAUUGGCAUGGAUGUUGCUGCCUCAGAGUUCCAUCGUGAUGGCAAAUACGACUUGGACUUCAAGUCUCCCGCUGAUCCUUCCCGAUACAUCACUGGGGACCAGCUGGGGACACUCUACCAGGACUUUGUCAGGGACUAUCCUGUGGUCUCCAUUGAGGACCCAUUUGACCAGGAUGACUGGGCUGCCUGGUCCAAGUUCACAGCCAAUGUAGGGAUCCAGAUUGUGGGUGAUGACCUGACAGUGACCAACCCAAAGCGUAUUGAGCGGGCAGUGGAAGAAAAGGCCUGCAAUUGUCUGCUGCUCAAGGUCAACCAGAUCGGCUCGGUCACCGAAGCCAUCCAAGCGUGCAAGCUGGCCCAGGAGAAUGGCUGGGGGGUCAUGGUGAGUCAUCGCUCAGGAGAGACGGAGGACACAUUCAUUGCUGACCUGGUGGUGGGGCUGUGCACAGGCCAGAUCAAGACUGGUGCCCCGUGCCGUUCUGAACGUCUGGCUAAGUACAACCAGCUCAUGAGAAUUGAGGAAGAGCUGGGGGAUGAAGCUCGAUUUGCCGGACAUAACUUCCGUAAUCCCAGUGUGCUGUGAUUCCUUUGCUUGCCUGGAGACGUGGAACCUCUGUCUCAUCCUCCUGGAACCUUGCUGUCCUGAUCUGUGAUAGUUCACCCUGUGAGAUCCCCUGAGUCCCAGGGUUUCCAGAACUUCCCUGAUUGACCUGCUCCGGCUGCUCCUUGGCUUACCUGACCUCUGCUGUCUCUGCUCACCCUCCUUUCUGGGCCCUACUCAUUGGGGUUCUGCACUUUCCACUUCUUCCUUUCUCUCUCUUCCCUCAAAAACUAGAAAUGUGAAUGAGGAUUAUUAUAAAAGGGGGUCUGUGGAAGAAUGAUCAGCAUCUGUGAUGGGAGUGUCAGGGUUGGUGUGCUGAGGUGUUAGAGAGGGACCAUGUGUCACUUGUGCUUUGCUCUUGUCCCAUGUGUUUUCCACUUUGCAUAUGAGCCAUGAACUGUGCAUAGUGCUGGGGUGGAGGGGAGUGCUGGGCGUGUGAUCAUGCCUGGCUAAUAAGGCUUUAGUGUAUUUAUUUAUUUAUUUAUUUAUUUAUUUAUUUUAUUUGCUUUUCAUUCAUCCCAUUAAUCAUUUCCCCAUAACUCAAUGGCCUAAAACUGGCCUGACUUGAGGGAACGAUGUGUCUGUAUUUCAUGUGGCUGUAGAUCCCAAGAUGACUGGGUCUUGCUAGAAUGGGAAGGGUCAUAAAAAGGGCCUUGACAUCAGUUCCUUUGUGUGUACUCACUGAAGCCUGCGUUGGUCCAGAGCGGAGGCUGUGUGCCUGGGGGAGUUUUCCUCUGUACAUCUCUCCCCAACCCUAGGUUCCCUGUUCUUCCUCCAGCUGCACCAGAGCAACCUCUCACUCCCCAUGCCACGUUCCACGGUUGCCAGCACCUCUGUGGCACUGAAAUGAGCACCACCAUUAAAGUCUGAAUCAGUGUA